AACAUUGAGUCGCAGAAGAGUCCUAAUUUUGGUAAAACAGAAAUUAAAGAACCAAUUUCCUUUCCUUUCCUUUCCUUUCAUUUUCCUUUCCUUUCUCUUCUCUUUCCUCUUUUCUCUAAUCUAAGUUAAGCAAUCUCAAUUCUCACAGCUGUUUCCAGUUUACACCUCUCUCUCUCUCUCUUUCUUGCUUUGAGCGCCGACACAAUCUAUACUUCCUCCUUCUCCUCUCAAGAUCCAAUCUUUCUUUGCAAGUUUAGUAUCCCAGUCCAAACCUAAGUCAAGUUUUCUUUUAAAGUUUUGAUCUUCCACUCAUUUUUCAGUUACCCACUUGAUAAAUUUGAGAUUUUUGUAUUAAAUCUAACCAAAAUGAGUUGUGUCUUCUCCAAAUUUAUGUAUAUAUUCUAGAAAUCACAUUUGCAGACUUGGGUCUUUGUCAAUUCUUAACUUUUUUGUCAUCUGUAUUUUAUUGAAGUUGGUGCUGAGUUGGGAGUUUGUGAAGAAAUGGUGGUUUUGUGAUACAAGGUGAAAAAAAAUAAAAACUUUAGAAUUUUGGCUUCUCUUUAGUGGGCAGUUUUAGUUAGUUACUGCAAUGGCUACACAGAGCUGGAGAGACUCUUACAAGGGUAUGUCCUCUGAUAAUAUCAAAGGUUUGGUUUUGGCAUUAUCUUCUAGCUUCUUUAUUGGUGCUAGCUUCAUUGUCAAGAAGAAGGGCUUGAAAAAAGCUGGUGCUUCUGGUCUCAGGGCAGGAAGUGGAGGCUAUUCUUACUUAUAUGAACCACUUUGGUGGGUGGGAAUGAUAACAAUGAUUGUCGGGGAAAUUGCUAAUUUUGCUGCUUAUGCUUUUGCACCUGCUAUAUUGGUCACCCCCCUUGGUGCUCUCAGUAUUAUUAUCAGUGCGGUUCUUGCACAUAUCAUUUUGAAUGAGAAGCUACAUAUUUUUGGAAUUCUUGGUUGUGUUCUUUGUGUUGUGGGUUCUACAACAAUUGUCCUGCAUGCUCCUCAAGAACGUGAAAUUGAAUCUGUAAAAGAAGUUUGGGAUCUUGCUACAGAACCUGCUUUUCUUUUCUAUGCAGCCUUGGUCAUAACAGCUGUCUUUAUACUUAUAUUCCACUAUAUCCCUGACUACGGCCAGACACAUAUAAUGGUUUACAUUGGGGUUUGUUCUCUUGUUGGUUCAUUAUCGGUUAUGAGUGUUAAAGCACUUGGAAUUGCAUUGAAGUUGACACUAUCGGGAAUGAAUCAGCUAAUAUAUCCCCAAACAUGGGCCUUUGCGUUAGUUGUAAUUACUUGUGUGGUUACUCAAAUGAAUUAUUUGAACAAGGCGCUUGAUACAUUUAACACAGCUGUCGUAUCUCCCAUAUACUAUGUUAUGUUCACAUCACUAACAAUUGUGGCUAGUGUAAUCAUGUUCAAGGAUUGGGAUAGGCAAAGUCCAACACAGAUUGUCACUGAAAUGUGUGGGUUUGUGACUAUUCUUUCAGGAACAUUUCUGCUUCACAAGACAAAGGAUAUGGUUGAUGGGCCAACUUCUCUGCCUGUGCGACUCCCUAAGCACACAGAAGAGGACAGCUUUGGUGCCGAAGGCAUCCCUCUCAGACGUCAGGAGUCAUUGAGAUCACAAAGUUGAUAAUUCUUCAGCUCCUUUCCGCUAUUGCUUCAGAUUUGAUAUUUUGGUGAGGGACUAUCCAACAUCAAACUGUAUUUUAUGAAAGUUCUCCCAUCAUUUUCUUUACGGGGAUACGGUCAGAGACAGGAAGGAGAUGGUUUUCCCUUCCAUGUUUGCCGGCGUCGCAAUGAGUCUAGCUUUUAGCUUUUGCCUUGUAUACACUCCCCAGUUCAUACAGAAGAAUUGGCCAAUGUAAUUUUGAGCACAUUGGUAAUAUAUAGCGCAUUUGUUGUUCCAUUUGUCAAGAGAAUUAGCUUAUGACUGACUCUAUCUCUUUCUGAGGCACGUGUAAAAGUCUUGCUCUUCAAUUUUGAUGCUUGGGAAAUAGAAUGCCUUCAAAUUCUUACA